AUGCGACCAGAUGAUCGAACUUUGGAAGAAUUAUUUCAAAAAACAAUUGCUACAAUGGAUUUACCAGCUGAUAAAUUAAAAAUGUUAAGAGAAUUUCCACCUGAUAAAAAAUGGGAUAUUAUACGAGAUAGAGAUCAAGUUAUUGCUAAGCAUCCACCACAAUAUUAUAUAGAUGGUUUAAAAACAUAUAUUCGCGGUGCUAAUCUUGUACCCAAAGCAUCAACUUUAAAAAAGAAACAACCAAUCGAACCAUCAACUCAAUUACUUUCAAGUUUAGAAAUUUCAUUACGUACGAAUAAUAUUGGAUGGGUACAUGAAUUUCUCAAUUCAUAUAAUAAAGGUCUUGAUGUUUUACUUGAUUAUUUAAUAACAUCAUUAGAAGUGAUGCGAUUUGAACCUGAUUAUAUUGAAUUAAAAAAUAAUUCAUCCAUAAACAAUGGACAAUUUUUCUUUUGUGGUCUAUUAGGUGAAGUGGAUAGUUCAAAUGAUAUUGCUUUUUUAUCAAAUUCAAAUGGAAAUCAUCAUUUAUUACCAAUAUCAAUGUUAAAUAAUGGAAGUCAUAAUUAUGUAGAUGAAAAUUCAACUUUAAAACGUUCAACAUUAGGUCGAUCGGAUGCUAAACGUUUACAUAGAAAAAUUAAAAAAUAUCAAAUUGGUGAAGCUACUGAUGAUGUUAGAUUAUGUAUUAUGUGUCUUCGAGCAAUUAUGAAUAAUCAAAAUGGUUUCAAUCUUGUCAUUCAACAUCCAGCUGCCCUUAAUUGUAUUACACUUAGUUUACAACAUAAAAAUUAUCGAUGCAAAUCACUUAUUUUGGAAUUACUUGCUGCUGUAUGUUUGGUUGAAUUAGGUCAUGAUGUUGUAUUAGCAGCAUUUGAUAAUUUUCGAAUUGUAUGUCAAGAACGACAUCGAUUUGAAACAUUAAUGAAAUCAUUUACUCAACCAUUAGAAUUUAAUGUUGAUUAUAUGAUUGCAUGUAUGCAAUUUAUUAAUAUAAUUGUACAUUCAGUACAAGAUAUGAAUUAUCGUGUAUAUUUACAAGAAGAAUUUAAAUUACUUGGCCUUGAUGAAUGUCUGAAGAAAUAUUUAGAAAUUCAUAGCGAAUGUGAUCUAUUUAUAUUACAAAUUCAUGCGUUUCUUGAUAAUUAUUUUGAUGUUGGUCAAUUACUUGAAGAUUCAGAAACAAAACAACAAGCAAUUACAAAAGUAGCAGAAUUAGAAGAACAAUUAGGCAUCACAAAUGAACGAAUACAAGAAUUAGAAAGUGGAAAUUCUAGUAAAUUGGCCGAAUUACAAAAAGCAUUAAGUUUUGCUGAAGAACAAGUGGAAAAUGUUAAAAAAGAACGCGAUGAUAUUUCACAUACAUUAAAUACAUUAAGAAGAAGUCAACAUGACAGAGGAUCUUCGAAUAGUUCGACAUCAUCAAUAUCAUCAGCUCCUCCUGGUGCGCCUACUAGUAUGUCAAAUACUGUAAGCAAUAUACCUCCUGCUCCACCAUUACCACCUCCAAAUUUUAUUCCACCACCGCCACCUCCAGGACCUCCUCCACCGAUAUCUGGUAUGCCACCACCACCAGGUAUGCUUGAUGCCCCACCUGGUUCAAUGACAAUAAAAAAGAAAAUUCAAACAAAAUAUAAAUUACCUAAUCUUAAUUGGACAUCAUUAAAACCUGGACAAGUUCGUGGUACUGUUUUUUGUGAACUUGAUGAUGAAAAAUAUUUUAAAUUAAUUGAUUUUGAAACAUUUGAAGAAUUAUUCAAAACAGGAUCUGGUCUACCAAUUAAUCAAGCUAAUGUUAGUCCACAUUUCAAACAAAAAUAUAUUAAAAUUCCAGAAAGUUUAACAUUACUCGAUCCACAACGACAAAGAAAUUUAGGUAUUGCUCGACGAAAACUUGAUCUUGAUGUAAAUAUGAUAUCACGAGCAUUAAAUAAUCUUGAUUUGAAAAUUUUAACACCUGAUACAAUUGAUAUUUUACAACAUUUUAUUCCAACUGAAGCAGAAAUAAAAGCAUUUACAUCAUAUUUAUCUGAUGGAAAAUCAGUAAUGAAUUUAUCAGAUGAAGAUCAAUUUCUUUAUGGACUUUCAAAAAUUGAAAGAUUAUCUCAAAAAUUAAAUGUUGUUUCAUUUAUGGCUAAUUUUUACGAUAUUAAUCAAAAUUUAGCACCACAACUCAAAGCUAUUAUAACAGCAUCAUCAUCAUUAAAAAAUAAUAUAAGAUUUAAAAAACUUCUUGAAAUUAUACUUGCUUUUGGAAAUUAUAUGAACAGUAGUAAACGUGGUCCAGUUUAUGGUUUCAAACUAGCAAGUUUAGAAAUUUUAACUGAUACACGUACACAUGAUAAACGUUUAACAUUACUUCAUUUUAUUGUUCAAACAAUUGAAGAUCGAUUUCCUGAUACAUCACAUUUUGAUACUGAUCUACAAGCCGUUGAAAAAGCUGCACAAGUAUCAUUGGAAAAUGUUCAAAUUGAUGUACAAGAUCUAACACGUGGUUUAGAUAAUGCCAAAAAAGAACUUGUCAUACGACAAACAAUGAAGAAUGUUGAAAUACGUUCAUUAGAAGAAUUUAUUAAUAUAGUUCAAGAUAAAAUUGAUCGUUUAGUAAAAGAUGCUAAAUUAGCACAAGAUGCAUUUAAUCAAUGCGUAGAAUAUUUUGGUGAAGCACCACGUACACAAAGUCCAUCAAAUUUUUUUUCAAUAUUUGUUAAAUUUCAACGAGCAUAUCAACAAGCACGUAAUGAAAAUGAAGAACGAAAACGUUUAGCUCGUGAAGCUGCUGCCACACUUGAUCGACCAAAUAAACGUCAAAUAAUGAAACGUACACAGGAAGAAUUAUUAAAUGAACUGAAAGGUCGAAAAGAAGCAAUCAAAGAUCAAAAACUAAUAAAACGUGAAGCAUUAACAGAUGGAACUAUUGAAACCUUAUUAGAUGACUUAAAGAAAGCACCAUAUUUACGUGCUGAUGCGGCUCGUCGAAAUCGUCGUAAAACUCAAGAACUUAUGAAACAAAUUAGUCGUGAUGUUCUUGCCGGCACUAAUAAUGGAAUAAACACUAAUAACAAUACACCAACUGAAGUUCAUUUUUAA